UCAUGAUAACGUACUGUGAUUCGCAUUUUUAUCGAAAAUUAAAUGUUUUCUCUGUUAAUACAAUGGUUUAGAGUGAAUAUUUAGCAGCAAUAAAUUCCCGUGCUAGUGAGAAACAAUUCGUAUAAGUAAUGGAGUCUUCGUGCACACGAUUUACUGCAGCGGAGGGUGGAGCCAGACUGGCAGCAUGCGCUGGCUCCAAAAAUAUUCUAGUGACGGAGCACACUGCCUUUAUAUCCACUAGUGUGCUCAUUGAGCAUGCUUAUAAGAUACGGGGCCCCCUAUCGUCAGGUAGCCAACGUUCAGUGUACAUCACCCGGCCAUCCCGCAUAGAAUGUGUCUCCCAUGAAUUGACCAUACUCACUGAUCUGUCGGUGAUCAAAGCGCAUGGGUUUGACGAUGUUGCUGAAUGGAGACAGGAGCUGGAAGUCAAAGAGGUCCUAGUGUGUACUUCUGAGGUGUUACAGAGAAUUCUGAAAGAGCAGAUUAUAAAAAUACCCAAUAUUAAUGUUCUGAUCAUAGACAGCUCCCAUCUCAUUUUUAAAGAUGAAAAUCUACAAUAUAUCAUGAAACUAUAUAAGCAAUGUGACGGUAUUAAACCUAGAAUAUUGGCCCUUACUUACCCACUAUUUACGGCUCCUAAAGACAUCAAUGAACAGAUAGACAAAAAUAUAGACCAUGAAAAAGAUACAGAUAAAAUGAAUGAAGAAAAUGGUGUAGAAAAAGAGAUAAAAGAUGAAGUUAGUGAGUUCAAUGAUUCAAAAGAUGACAUCGAUGAAGGCAUAGAUGUGAAAGAUAACAGUUAUGAUGAAGAUAAUGAUUCAAAAGAUACUGAUAGUGAAAAGCAACAGACAAAAGAUAGUGCUGAUAGAGAAGAUUCAAAAGAUAAGAUAAAGAUACAAAAACAACUUAUAAAAGAUAUAAAAGAAACUCUUCCUGAAGAUGAUAAUAAAGCGAUAGAUAAAAUAACUGAAAUUCAAGACACAGAAGAUAAAAGUUAUGUUGAAAAAGAUACUGACUGUAAACGAAUAUCAAAGGAUAUUGAAAAUCCUGCAAUGACAAAUCAAAAUUAUGAGGAAAUCAAUGAAAAAGACAAUAAAGACACCGAACCAAAAAAUACUGAUGAAAAGAUAGAUGAAAAUACUGAAAAAGUGAUAGAUUCAUCAAUUGAUAUUGAUGAAAGUAUAGAUAAAGAUGAUAAUGUUAUAGAUGACAUAAAAAUAGAAAUAGAUAACAUGGACGAUUUCAAUCUAUAUGAGAAAUUGGAAUGGAAGAUAGAAGAGUUAGAAAAAGAAUUGUGUUGUGAUAUGGAUUUGGCUGAAGAUAUUGAUGGUGGGAAGCGGCUCUCAGCGACUUUGACGAAGCCCAAGGAAUUAAUAGUUGAGUGUAACCCUAAACUGCCACCAGAAGACUUACCCAAGACUUACACAGAGCUGGAAGAUUAUAUGAGGAGCACUGUUAAUGCUGCGUUAGACUUUAUUGAUGAACACAGGUAUGAUCCUACGGAGAUAUAUGGCGACGACAUGUACGAGGAGUUUGCCAACAUCCCAGACCCUACGGCAGAACCUAAGCAUAUUUUGAAGGAGUUCCUGUAUGUUUUGGAUCAGUUGGGUCCAUAUGCAGCGGAUAAGGCAGCCUUUUCACUUCUAAUAAAACUAGAAAAACUCAAAAUCAAAGUUCCAUACGAAAGACAUUUUCUGCUACUAUGUCUAUGUACGACUGUGUUCGUUAAAAUAAGAUGUUACACUGAAAUCCUGUUCUCUAGAUAUGCCUCAGACUGGGACAAAAUAACUGCAUUUUCUACGCCCAAAGUUCUAAGACUAGCAGAAAUACUAGAACAAUUCCAACCACCUGAAAAUUUGAAGGAAACUGAAGCGAAAAAUUUAGUUGAUAGUACGAGAAAUAACAAUGAUAAUACUAUAAAUAGUAAUCAGAACAUAAAAGUUGUACCAACCGGUGUAAAUAUUAAUGAUAAUAAACAUAUACUUGAUAAUUGUGAAAAUGUUGAUAAGAAAAAUGUAAGUAAUCAAACAGUUGAUACUGAUAAAGAAAUGAAAAGAUCCAAAACGGAUGAACUAUUGAGUGCUAUAGAAAAAUGUGAUUUUGUAUCACUAGGGAACAAAAUCGAGGAUCGUGUUAACAUAUAUGAGGCUAACUUGAAAGAUUUAGAUGAUUUUGAUAAUACAAUCCAAUCAAAUACUGAAAUUAAAAUAAAUGAAGUUGAUAAUCAAGUUAUUGACAGCAAAAGUAAUGAAAGUAUUGAUCAUGAGAAUAUUGAUGCUGCAAAUGUUUGUAGUAAAGAUGAAAACAGUAAAAAUACUGUUGCUUGCAGUUUUGAUAAUGUCAUGGAUAGUGGCGGUACUAAAAUUGAUAGGGGAGAUAAAAAUACUUUUGAUCAUAGUGCUGGAAAUGUGAAUCUAAUGGAUAGUGUUCUAAAAGAUAGUGUUAUAAAUAAGAGUGGAAAUAAUGUUAAUAGUGAUAAAAAUACAUUUGGUAGUCCUUACAGAGACGUUAAAUAUAAUACUGAUGGUGUUAACAAAGAUAUUGAUAGUGUUAAAAAAAAUUGUGGAAGUGUAAAUGAUAGUGACAGAAGUAUAGUUGAUAGCAACAAGUUAGGGGUUGGGAAACGCCCAGGACACCGGAGUAGGGGUAGGGGUCGGCCACAAAGGGGUAAUGUGAACAAAAUGCAACAGUCACAGCAAAAUCCGGAUGCUUUGUGCGGGAUUAUAUUUGUGAAGGCGGCGCUUAUGGCGAAGAUUAUGUUCAUGAUGAUUGUGGACAUGUCUCGAUGUCGUCUGUCUCUGUCACACCUAUGCGCUCAAUACUGCGCGUCAGAGGGAGAGGGGAGGGACUGCCAGAAAGAGGGCAAGAAACAAGAGGAGGUUUUGAAAAAGUUUCGUAUGCACGAAUGCAACCUUUUGCUCGCGACGUCGGUUUUGGAAGAGGGCAUCGAUUUGCCGAGAUGUAAUCUCGUUGUGAGAUGGGAUGUACCACCAUCCUAUCGCUCACACGGGCUCUGCAGGAGCCGCGCCAGAGCCCCCCGGGCUUCGGUCGCCUUACUCGCCUCAACGGAGUCCCAGAGCGAAGCCCUAUUACACAAUCUGGCUGUUUAUAAGGAGCUUGACCAGAUAAUAACUAGAAAAUGUGGCUGUGGGAUUCAAUUUGAACCACCCCUGGAGGAAGAGAAUCAUGCAGACUCCCUAGCGUUUAUUGUUAAACCAUAUACACCAGUAACUUUAACUCAAAAUGGUACAACCACAACUCAAAAUGGUACUUCUAAUAAUAUUAGUCAUGGUAACUCCGAAAUGUUUGGUAAAAAUGAUGAAAAUAGUGAAAAUAUACAUGAAAAUGUUAAAAAAGUUAGCAUAAAAGAUCAUAGAAAUGAAACCGAUAGUAAUCUACAUGGUAAAAAGAUAGAUAUUGGAGUUACCUGUACCAGUUUUGAUGAAACAAAUAGAGAAAUUAAUGAAAACUUGAAUGAAAUAAGUGUAAGUAAUCUAUCCAAUAGAAAUACAUUUGCUGUAAUAACAGAUAAGGUUAGUGAUAAAAACCAAUAUGUAGAAACAGUCAUUGGGUUGGAAGGUAGCAGCAACUCAUAUAGAAACGCUAAACCCAAUGUUAUAGAUAGUAAUAUUUUAGCUAAUAAUGAAAUUUUAAAAACAUUAACAAACAUACCUCAAAAUGAAAACAAUGUUGCUAAUAGGUUAAGUAAAAUUGACGAAGACAUUUUAAAUGUAACUGAAUUGAAUAAAGAUGAGUUAACUACCAAAGACCGUAACUCUAAUCGAAAUAUUUUUAGUGAACAUGGUGUAAAUAUUGAUCCUAGUGUAAAUAAUGAAAAUGUAAAUAUUGACAUUAAUGUAAAUAGUGGAAAUGAUUUUCGAAGACAUGAAAUUGAUGAAAAUAAUGAAAUUAUUGAUGAAAAUCAUAGAAAUAAUGACGAUUUGAAUGCUAUGAACCAGAAUAUGAGCAUUUUAAACGAAUUUAAUGAAAAUGUAAACAAUGAAAAUGAAAUUAUUGAAAAAUGUACAGUAGAAAUUAAUAGCCCGAUAAUUGAAAAUGAAUUUGAUGAAAUUGAUAAUAGGGUACGAGAUGAAAAUGGAACAAAUAGCCAUGAAAAUGAAAACAAUGAAAUAAUUGAUGAAAAUCAAAGAAAUAACGACGGGAUUGAUGCAAUCAAACAGAAUAUGAAUAUUUCAAAUGAAUUUAAUGAUAAUGUAAAUAAUGACAAUGAAAAUAAUGAAAAAUGUAUAGCAGAAAUCAAUAGCCCUAUGACAAUUGAAAAUAGUAACAAGGAUAGACAAGAGAAAAUCAAUAAAAAUCAUGAAGAAAUUAAAGAAAUAGUUAAUGUGAAUAAACUGCAUGAAGAAAAUUUUGAUAUAGAAACUAAAAAUAGUGAAAAAAUAGUUGAAGAAACUAAUCUAAGUAACAAAAAUCUAGGUCUUACAGAAGAUGACAGUUAUUCUAGUAAAGAAAUUACUUUAGCUGAUAAAAAUCUAGAUUUUAGAGCUCUUGAUGUAUUAGACAUAGAUAAAGAUUUGAAUCAUGAAAAUCUAGUCUUGACAGAGGAUAAAGAGAGAAAUUGUAUUGAGAGUAAUGUGAAAUAUGAAGGUGUAAAGUUAGAGUAUAAAUUAAGUGAUAGUAAAAAGGAAGAAAGCGUUGCAAGCGUGGAUUUGAAUUCGGCUAUUGCACUAAUUAAUAGGUACUGUGGUAAGCUUCCAUCGGAUACGUUCACCCGGCUCGCACCGCAAUGGUGGAUGGAGCAGGUUCGACUCCCGGACAGGGACGGCACGCUGUGCCCGGCCUACGUGUGCACUCUGCGACUGCCGCUCAACUGCCCCGUCAAAUACAAUAUAGUUGGUCACCCCAUGCCGACGCGCGUGCUAGCUCGCAGAAUGGCGGCGCUACAAGCGUGCAGGAUUCUGCAUAAGUCGGGGGAGCUAGACAACCAGCUGAUGCCUAUAGGUAAAGAAAACUUCAAGGCGGCGGAACUAGAAAACAACGUGGCUUGCAAUGAGCCGCCCGAUACUAGCGACUGCGCCAGACCUGGCACCACCAAACGAAGGCAGUACUACUUUAAACGGACAGCCUGGGCAUUUACGGACUGCCAAGCGAUUAUAGACGCUACCGACUCGGAAAUAGAGGACAAUCCUACGCUCGAAAACCCAAUCACCGAAGAGACGGCCAAAGGUGGCAGCAACAUUCUAUACGCAAUAGUGUCGCGUCUGUGGUGUGCGUUACCGGAGCGAUACAACACGCGGGGCAGAAGACUGCACGCACCGCAAAACGCGCCACAAGCAAUAGGCGUGCUCAUGGCUAGGAGGGAACCCACACAGCUACAAAUCCCGGCGUUCCCCGUGUACACGCGGUCGGGCGAGGUGCGCGUGUCGGUGGAGCCGGCGUUGCAGGCGGACGUGCGUCUGAGCCCGCGCAGAGCCAGGCUCAUACGCAGAUUCAUGCGUUUUGUGUUCUCGGACGUCCUGCGCGUGCGCCGCCGUGGGAUGAAGCUACAGACUGAAGGGACCACGCACAACAACUAUUAUAUAGUGCCUACUGUUAAAAAAUCUCGAUGGGACGGUACAUCCUGGAUCGAUGUGGAUUGGCCGUUUUUGGAACUGAUAUACAAACACACAGAAGACAAGAAGAUGUUGGAUAUAGAGAAACCUAUGCUUUGGGAGCAGGAUGACAAGAAACGAGAGAAAGAGAAGGAUGGCAAAGUGAGGAAGAUGGAGAAUCCUUUGUUGAAGCCUGGAGAAGUUUUCUCGUUCGAUGCGGAGAAGUAUAAGGAAGCGGUGGUCACUCCAUGGUAUAGGAACCAGGACCAACCACAAUUUUUCCUGGUAGCGGAGAUUUGUUGGAAGCUGUCUCCGGAUUCCGCGUUCCCUUCCGCGCAGCACGACAGCUUCCGCUCCUACUACCGCGCCAAGUAUGGCGCGGAGUUGACACAAAGUUGUCAGCCAUUGCUCGACGUAGACCAUACCAGCGCGAGAUUGAACCUCCUGACUCCCCGAUACGUAAACCGCAAAGGCGUAGCUUUACCGGUAUCCUCAGAAAGAACGAGACGCGCCAAAAGGGAUAGAUUAGACCAGAAACAAAUCUUAGUGCCAGAACUAUGUCGAGUACAUCCCUUUGCUGCACCACUCUGGUUCGCUACCGUCGCUUUACCCUGUGUAUUAUAUAGGAUAAACGCUCUGCUAAUAGCAGAUGAGAUUAGACGGGCAGUUGCAAUAGAUGUUGGGCUGGGCAUUCCCAGGAUAGACGAGCAGACUUGCCCCGGCUUCCAGUGGCCUCCAUUAGACUUUGGCUGGAGUCUUGCUGAGGUACUAAGCGCUGAUUCGGAGAAGAUUGAGAAGAAAAAAGACGAAGAUGAAUCGAAACAAGACGAAAAUGGUGAAGAGUUAAUAGAAAAAGAGAAACAGGAAGAGUUAGAAGAAGAAAAGGGAGAAGUGAAAGAGAAAACGAUAAACGACAUACUGCAAGAGAAGUUGGAUGCUGAAAACGGUUUCGAGAUUGGUACUUGGAGCAAUGACAUGGCAUCUUCAAUACCUCAGGCGGAGUACGAUGAGUUUUUGGAGCCUUUACCUUCCAACCUCACCUUCUGUACUUCUUCAUCAGGAGGUGCAAAUUGGUCGGACCCUAUUGAGAAGCCAAAAGGACAAUUUAACCCAUCCCGGGCGUAUUCAGUGGCGGACAGCGAUUGUUCCUAUGUAUCCAGUGAUUUCGAUACCGACGACUCCGAUAUGUCGGACUGCAGUGACGACGACACGGAUACGACUGGCUUUUGCAGCAGUCGAAACUCCAAUGCGGCAAUGGGGGUCCGAAUCGAAUACAAGACCGCUCACGAAGCGGAAGCCGUGGACCUUGAGCGGCGGCAACCCAUCGCCCCCGCGCCGCAACCAGACAAGCUUGACGACGAGCGAGAUCUGACGGAGUAUACACGCGUCUUGAGAGCAGGGGUCCCACCGAUGGAGUAUGUAUAUAAUUUCCGAAAAUCAGUCGCAAAACAUAAAAAAGAAAUCAAAGAAAACGGUAAUUUAAUAACCAAAGACAGACCCAUCGUAGACCUACUACCAGAACCUGCCAAAGAAGUAGAAAAAAAUUCAAAUACAUCUAUCAAAGACAAACUAGUUAAUCACAACAAAGCUAACGAAAAUCUAAUACAUGAUGAUAUAAAUGAUAAAGAAAAUGCAAUUAUAAGUCCAGAAGAAGAAAAGAAAAUAGAUAUACUUGUAAAUGAAUUCGAAAUAAGUAAAGAACUAAAUGAAUCAAAUUAUAAAAUGAAUCCUGUACAUGAAGUUGGAUUAAAAUGUGAUACUAUUGUAUCGGAAAAUGUAAAUACGGGUACGCAAAGUGAUAUAAAAGACAGCUUGGAUAACAUCUGUGAUAACAUCUGUGAUAAUAGAACAACUAUGAAAAGUUUAACUACGAAAAACCAGGUUGAUGAAAAAUUAAGACGAGAAAAUUGCAAAGAUCAUGAUGUCAAAGAAAAUCUAGAUAUUGUAAAUAAAGAGACAUUGAAAUGUAACGCAAGCGAUGAAAAAAUAAAAAGUACUUUUCUUUCUAAUCAUAAUAGAAAAGAACUUAAUGUAAAUACUGAGGAAUGUUCUCUUAUUAAAGAUACAGAAAUCUUUGAAAGCAAAAGAAAAGAUGAUCCAAAAAUAAAUGAGUUCCAUAGAAAAAUAGAUAAGACGAAGAUUAUAGAUAACAAAACAAAAAUAGAUAAUAAAGAGUGUUUAACUAAAAACAUAGACAAAACAAAAAUAGCAGAUGAUUUAAAAACCAAAAUACAAGAAAUGUUUCCAUACAACAAUGUAAUAGACUUAACAAAUGAAGAAAUAACUUUGGAAACUAUUGAGAAAAACAAAAGAUAUUUACUGGCUGAACUGAAAAAGUCUUUGCCAGAUGAAGAAAUUAAAAAAUUAAACUGCUUCUCAAUGAAAGACGUUGACAUAGAUUCUCCAGAAUUUGUCAAUGAAAAGGUAGUCAAUAUAGGAUUUGAUUCGAAGGAAAAGUAUCAAGAAAUAGUCAAUAGUUGGUCAGACGUGAACGAAUAUAAGCCUUAUUAUAUGGACGGUAAGGGUCAAAAUGGAGAGGAAUUCGAUUUUGAUUAUCAGCCAGAUUUGAAGGGGCAUCCUGGGCCGAGUCCUAGUGUAAUUUUACAGGCAUUAACAAUGUCAAACGCAAAUGACGGCAUAAACCUAGAACGUCUGGAGACCAUAGGCGACAGUUUCCUGAAGUUUGCCAUCACUGCAUACUUGUACUGCGCACACCCCGCUGUGCAUGAAGGCAAACUGUCGCAUAUGCGCAGCAAACAGGUUUCAAAUCUGAACCUAUACAGGUUGGGUCGCAACAAGCGACUGGGGGCAAGAAUGAUCGCAUCCAAGUUUGAACCCCAUGACAACUGGUUACCACCCUGCCACAAACCCCCGCCUACACUACAACCUAGCCUUACUGGUGACACGAAAGAGCCGAUGCAGAAUCCAGACGCGCCGGUCGACAGUACAGGGUGUUUCAUACCUUACAACCUGAUCACACAACAUAGUAUACCAGAUAAAUCAAUAGCAGAUUGCGUGGAAGCACUAAUAGGUGCCUAUCUAUUAGAGUGCGGUCCCAGGGGUGCUCUGCUGUUCAUGUCUUGGCUGGGCAUCAGAGUGCUGCCCAGCCACACCCUGCCUCUGCCCGAUAACCAUCCCUAUGUGAUCCGCGCGCAAACUGAAAAAGUGGAGGAAAGCAAGAUCGUACAGAAACCGGUAACGUCCAAACCCGUGGAGCCAAUAUCAUCAGACUCGUGCUGUUCUGAUGAUGAGGAGACUGACCCUGAGUUAAGUGCCCCAGAACCGGAUUGGGGCUGGCCUGGCAGACCUGUGGGGGCUUUGAGGCCUUACCGGGACAAAGAGGGGAGGUGGAUGCAGCCCAUCUUCGGUGAGCUGAAGGCGCCCCCGUCACCACUUUUGCGAUACAUUGACGACCCUGAAGGGGAAUUGGAACAAAUGUUAUCUGGUUACGACGCGUUGGAGAAAACCCUUCAAUAUCGGUUCAGGGACCGUUCUCUGCUGCUACAAGCGCUAACUCACGCUUCGCAUCAGAAAAACCGGCUUACAGACUGCUAUCAGAGACUGGAGUUCCUUGGAGACGCUAUAUUGGAUUACCUCAUAACUCGUCACCUAUACGAGGACCCGCGGCGUCACUCGCCCGGCGCGCUCACGGAUCUGCGCUCAGCAUUAGUCAAUAACACCAUCUUUGCCACACUCGCUGCAAGACAUGGAUUCCACAAGUACUUCAGACACAUGUCGCCAGGUCUAAACGAAGUUUUGACCAAAUAUGUCAAGAUUCAAGAGGAGAAUGGCCACUCUAUUAGUGAAGAGCACUACCUGAUCCAAGAGGAUGAAAUGGAGCAAGCUGAAGAUGUGGAAGUGCCAAAAGCUCUCGGGGAUUUGUUCGAGUCGGUUGCUGGUGCUAUCUUUUUGGAUUCAGGAAUGUCCCUGGGUGCAGUUUGGAGGUCGGUGGGUGGAUUACUGGGUGCAGAGUUGGAUGCGUUCAGCGCGGCCGCACCCAAGUCACCCGUCAGAGAACUAUUGGAGGCCGAACCUGACACCGCUAAGUUUGGUAAACCGGAGCGCUUAGCGGACGGCCGUCGCGUCCGCGUGUGUGUCGAGGUGUUCGGCCGCGGCGCGUUUAAAGGCAUCGGCCGAAACUACCGCAUCGCGAAGGGCACUGCCGCGCGCUGCGCUCUGAGGCAUCUCCGGACCCACAAGCCCAGGUAGCGGACACCGAACCUGGGACCAACGGAGGUUGACUGUUAAAACAAGUAGUCAUCAUCAUCAUCAGCCCGUGGACGUCCACUGUUGGACAUAGGCCUUCCCCAAAGAGCGCCACCACACCCGGUCCUCAGCCUUCCUCAUCCAGCCACAUCCCGCCAGCCGCUUUAUAUC